AUGGAUUUCCGCGCAGGUCGAUGCUCCGAUGGGUCGAGAGAUCCUGCCACGAUCUGUGAGGCGUCGACUGCUCCCUUGAUCCGCAAUGGAGAUAUGGUGGUUUUCUUCGAAGGCCGCGAACCCAUCGGCUUCGACCGCAUGAAGGCCAAGACCAUCUGGCAAUGCCGGCACGGGGCAUUUCACCACGAUGAGAUAAUCGGCAAGCCUUUUGGAUCAAGGGUGUUCUCCCGCACCACGAAGGGCUACGUGUACGCCUUGUCGCCAACGCCGGAGCUCUGGUCCCACGUCGUGCCCAACCGCACGCAGAUCGUGCAGGACUUCGACCAGAGCAUCGUGAUUUUUCGCCUUGACCUGAAGCCGGGGGAUACCGUGGUGGAGUCGGGCACAGGCAGCGGGGUCAUGUCGACGGCGAUCAUGCGCACGAUCGCGCCGUCUGGCUUCUUGCACUCCUUCGAAUUCAACGAGUUCAGGGCUACAAGGGCCCAGGAAGAGUUCGAAGAGAACGCGCUGGGCGGCCUCGUGAAGGCUGUACAUCGAGACGUCUGCGCCGCGAGGGGCGACGGAGGCGGUUUCGGCGAAGAGCUGGAUGGCAAGGCGGACGCCGUAUUUCUCGACCUCCCGGAGCCCUGGCUGGCCGUGGCGCACGCCAAGAUGACCCUCAAGCCCGGCAAGAAGCUCUGCUCCUACUCACCGUGCAUCGAACAGGUGAUGAAGACCUGCGAGGCUCUCCGCUCGGAAGGCUUUCACUCAGUUUCUACCAUCGAGUUUCGCCUCCGCAACAUCAACUACGCCGAAGUUGAAGGUAUAAAGCCGAUGGAGGGCGACCAAGCGGCUCUGCCGGGCUCUAAGAAGCGGUCUCGAGAAGAAGGGGGCGGGAGCGGUGCUGCAACGCCCGGAGUCGACGAUGGGGCUUCGAGAACGGGGCGCGGGCGGAAUGAGCGGCUUCAGCCCAAGGCUGCGAUACGCGCCGCGGAAGCGGCGGCGGAGAAGGUGGGGGGCGCGCGAAAGCCCCCCCUCAAGCUAGUGUGCGCCCAACCGUUCCCGUUGAUGCGGGGGCACACUGCCUUCCUUACGUUCGCCACCGCCCCAGUUUCACGGCAGUUAGGUACGGCAGCGACAGCGGAGGCAACAGCAGCAGCUUCAGGAGCACCAGCAGGAGGAGCAACAUCUGACGGCGUAGACGGCAGCGAAGACGGACACAAGGCAGGCAUAGCGGGCGACGCAGAAAUCGCAUUGAAUCGCAGCGAGGGUGACGCUAGCGGCGGCGGCGGCGGCGGCGGCGGUGGCAGUGGUGACAGAAUGGACGUGUGCGAGGAAGGGAUCGACGGGAAGGGCAAGGGCAAGGGCAAGGGUACAGACGCAGACAAGACCGACGACUCCCCGGGAGCAUCCGCAUCCGAUGUAGUACCGGAAACGCCUGACUCGUCCUCUCCCGCUGGACGAUAGCAACGGUGUUUGAACUAACGGAGCAAUGAGGACACCUUGGUCUUUCCGGCAAAAUUAACAGCAGUUGCAACGCUUACAUGUCCGUCCUCAGGUUCCACUGGCGGAGGGCCGUCGAAGACUCAAAUUAUCAGCCCAGACUAGGAUGGCAGAGUGCACUUUCAGAAGCGUGUGUUGGUGUGUUC